ACAAUAUAGUGACCCGGUGUGACUACCCUUUUAAAUGGGUCAUCGAUCCUUGACUGUUAAUGCCAGCUUCACCUAGAUACAUGACCCUCAGUGAAUCAACUUUGCAGUCUAUCAAUAGUGAGACAUAAUGUAUAUAUAUAUAUAUUUUUUUUUUAUUGUCACAUACACCGGAUAAGUGCAGUAAAAUGUGUUGUUUUCCAGGGUCAGCCAUGGUUGUACGGCACCCCUGGAGCAAAUUAGGGUUAAGUGCCUUGCUCAAGGGCACAUUGACAGAUUUUUCACCUUGUCGGCUCGGGUAUUCAAACCAGCGACUUUUCAGAUACUGGCCCAACGCUCUAACCGCUAGGUUACCCGCUGCUCUGUAGAUAUAAAAGGCUACCAAGAUCAUUCUGGUUGUGUGUAGACUACUCUUUUUAACUACUCGGCAUAGUCGUUCUUAAAUUAACUCUCUGCAGUCAUUUUGGUUCCUCAUUAUCCUACAAGAUGUCUAUGGAACUGGAUGUGUUUGUGGGGAACACAACUAUCAUGGAUAUGGAAGUCUAUCAGCUUUGGUUGGACGGCCUCACAGUGAGUGAUGCAGUGAAGGUGCGGAUGGAUGAGGGGGCAUUAUUGGAGUGUGAGGCGAAUGCAGAGGUGCUGACCAGCGAUACCAUGGACCAGUUUAGAACGUUCCAGAUGUGUGAGCGUCUCUUACACUCCCCCACCAAACUGGGCAGUCAGCUGCUGUAUCAGAUCCCGGCCCAGAACCAGAGAAUUCUCAUUGAAAGGUACUAUGAAUUUGACAGUGUGUUUGCCAGAGAGGUGCUGGGGAAAAAGCUCUCCAAAGGGACCAAAAAAGACCUGGAUGACAUCAGCUGUAAAACAGGGAUCACACUGAAGAACUGCAGGAGACAGUUUGACAAUUUCAAGCGGGUGUUCAAAGUGGUGGAGGAGCUCAAGGGCCCACUAGUGGAGAACAUACAGCGUCACUUCUUGCUCUCCGACACACUGGCAAGGGACUAUGCUGCCAUUGUGUUUUUUGCAAACAGCCGCUUUGAGACAGGAAAGAGGAAGCUACAGUACCUCUCAUUCCAAGACUUUGCCUUCUGUGCAGGCCAGCUCAUCAGUUACUGGACAAUAGGAGCAAUGGAUAGCAUGAUGGAGGAUAUGGAUGUUGACCUGGAGAAAGAGUUUCUGCAUGAACUGAAAGAUCUCAAGGUUUUGGUUAAUGACAAAGACAUGAUGGACCAACAUAAAAUCCUGGUGUGUGCUGCUCUGCGGGGAAAGAUCAAAGUCUACAAGUUGAUGGAGGUUAACUUCAAAAAUCUUUCUAGAGCCCUGAUAAACCUUGCAUCUAAACUUACACAUACCAAAGAUGUCAGAGAUUUAUUCAUCGACCUUGUGGAGAAGUUCAUAGAGCCAUGUCGAUAUGAUAGAUGGACAGUGGCAGAGAUCACACUCUUCCUCACUCACUACACCAAUGCCGCUCACUGUCUUGGCACGUUCAGGCACCAGAGGAUUUGGGACAGAUACAUGGGCGUCAUCAAAAGCUGUAUCCUCCAAAUGUACCAUGAAUAGGUAGAUCCCUGGUCUGGACCUCCUCUCCUGAUUUGAGCUGUAUCACAGGAGGCUGCUGAGGGGAGGAUGGCUCAUAAUAAUGGCUGGAAUGGAAUGUUAUCAAACACGUGGAAACCAUUUAUUUGAUGUGUUCAAUACCAUUCCAUUUAUUCCGUUCCAGCAAUUACUAAUAGCCUAUCCUCCCCAAUUAAGGUUCCACCGGCCGCCUGUGAUCUGUAUUGAUCUUACUGUGAAUCUGUCUUCCCUUUGGCAUUUUUUCGUAACUACCUCAGCCCAGUGCAGUCCACUUCUCCACCUCUGCCUGAUCAAAAUGAACUAUCUGUCUCCAUCUCCUUCUAUCUCUUCAGUCAGUCCCCCUGUAAAUAUACUGACUGAACUGAAUACUUUUCUGAUGUGUAAAUUGUGACUUAA